UCGAGGGCGGUGCGGAAUUAUAUAGUUGUCGCGGUGCAACCUCUUCCGGUCCUCUUUCUAGCUUCCCGUGCAACAUGACCAAGAAGAGAAGGAACAACGGUCGUGCCAAGAAGGGCCGUGGGCACGUGCAGCCCAUCCGCUGCACCAACUGCGCCCGCUGCGUCCCCAAGGACAAGGCCAUCAAGAAGUUCGUGAUCAGGAACAUCGUGGAGGCAGCCGCAGUGAGGGACAUCUCGGAAGCCAGCGUCUUUGACUCCUACAUUCUGCCCAAGCUCUAUGUGAAGCUGCACUACUGUGUGAGCUGUGCCAUCCACAGCAAGGUGGUGAGGAAUCGCUCCUGUGAGGCCAGGAAGGACCGAACACCUCCACCCAGAUUCAGGCCCAGUGGUGGUGCGCCGAGAGCUCCUCCAAAGCCCAUGUAAAAGCAGGAUUUUCAGAUUCUGUAAACCUGAAGAAUAAAGUCCAAUCUUUAUAAAAACUGGAA